UUCACUUUUGCAUUCAGAACAUUUCUGCACUGCUUGGACAACCGAAAGAUCUGAUUCUCCCACAAAAGUGUUACAAUGCUGGCCACAUCCGAUCCUUAUCCAUCUCCACAUGCGAAACCUGAAGCCAACGUGGAAUACGGGAAUGUGCAACGAUUUCCCGUGGAAAGCGACGAUGGCUACCGAGCGCAAGACCAAAGAAAGAAUCGAAACUCCUAUCGUCCCCUUUUCAUAACGCUUUAUGUCAUGUUGCUUCUCGCUACAGCUGGCCUCGCAUUCGCUGUCACCCGAUACGUCCAAACGGUGAAGAACAAACACAAAUCACCACCGUCUCAAGACACCACCUCAGACGGAUCCACCGAUGUCGAUAGCUCGUCUCCCGCAACGUUGGCGGAGGUAGAUCCAGACCGUGAUCUCAUCGCGUACAGAAGUGACAUUGAGUAUAUCCUUUUCACAGAGAUGGACGAAGGCUUGUCGACCGAUUUCGUCGAGGGUCCCCAGAAGAGAGCAAUUGAUUGGUUGGUUUCCGAUGAUCUUGUCUUAAACUCGACGGAGGUGCGGGCCAUGGCGGAAUACAUAAAGAACGGAGACGAAGAUUCCGUUUCGACUGUCCCCCUAGUGCAACGCUAUGCACUUAUGGUAUUGUUCUUUGCUACCAAUGGCGAACUAUGGUCGGACAGUUCUUGGAGGGAAUUGGUGAACGUUCCUGAAUGCAGAUUUAUGGGAAUAGAGUGCGACUUGGAAGGACAUAUCAAUACCCUGGACGUAGGAUACCGAAAGCUCAGGGGUCGCCUCCCCGGGGAAGUUGGAAUGCUGUCAAUGCUUACGUCUCUCAACGUCGAAAGCAACAACCUGGAAGGGACUAUUCCUUCCUUCCUUUACAAUAAAUUGACGAAACUAGGUACGAAUACAGUAGCAAGGGUUCUGUGCUAUGUCUAUCGAUACUGAUUCUUUUCUGGUUCACCGCAAUAUUUCUCCUUCACUUUUCUGGAUUCUAGAGCGCGUAGAUAUGAGGAACAAUGGAUUUUUAUCUACUAUCAGCUCGGAUAUUUCCAAGCUGACCAAUCUCAAGGCACUCUAUCUGGGCGAACUUUUCUUGACAGGUGAAGUGCCAACGGACGCGAUGAAAUCCCUGUCUUCAUUGGAAGAGAUAUCUAUUUCGCAUGCAACCGAAAUGACUGGCCCUCUUCUUGAAUUUUCUGAGCAUUGGCCAAAUCUAACGUACUUCGAUAUUUUGAGAUCAACUUUCACUGGAACGAUUCCCACCACAAUUGGAACAAAUACUAAUUUAAAGUAUAUGUGAGUUUGAUUCCCUCUUUGUUCUUCGCGUUUUUCUGGUUGUAUCUUUUCAAUCAUGGACUCGACACUUGAAUCACAAAUGAGCUUCUUGCGUUGAUUGGUUCCUUCGUCUCCUUCUCAGAUGGCUUGAACAAACUUCAAUGAACACUUCCAUCCUUCCAACCGAGCUUGGGCUACUACCAAAUCUCAAGGAAUUUAUCUUGGAUAACUUGGUGGUAGACGAUACCACCGGAACGAUUCCCACCGAACUAGGCAACUGUCAAGCUUUGACAUCGCUUCACGUUGAUAAAUUCCGUGGCCCUAUCCCUACCGAACUGGGUCGACUCACAAAUUUGAAAUUUUUGAGCAUGACGGAAGGAGGGUUGACGGGUUCUGUGCCUUCCGAACUUGGCCUCUUGACCAACUUGAAUGAAAUGUAUCUAUAUAACAAUAGAUUGGAAAGCUCCCUUCCGUCGGCAUUGGGAAACGUUCAAGGAUUGAAAAUUCUCGAUAUUUCCAUGAACAACCUGACCGGAUCAAUUCCAGAGGGGAUCUGUAGAAGUCCCUCAAUUGGAAUAAAGCGCGACUGUUUCAUCGACAAAUGCGAUUGCUGCUCUUUGUAUUGUAUAGAAGGAUAAAGUGCACCAUGGUACACCUAAAUACACAAAGCAUUGUGUGUCUCAAGGGUUGUUCGGAGGAGACAAUGAAAAAUAGAUCCAUUCCUUAGUAGAGCUUACACUUUUAAAAUAGUCUUAAAUAAUUUUUCUAUAGUAUU